GUACACAUGCAGACAAGGUGGUGCUUACCUUUCAUGUGGAAAGCUGCCUUACAAAAACAGAGGUUGCUUGGUCCAUUAUCCCAGAGCUUUUCUAGCCUCAUGAAGGCUUUGGUGGAUGCUCCAGAAGUUAAACUCUGUUUUCCACGAAAUGCAUUUAGGUUAUAAUUUUAUUUUUCUUCAAUCAAGGGAAGGGUGCUGGAGUGUGGCUCCAGUACAGCCUUUUAAAUAAUAUUUUGUAAACUCUAGGAGAUUUGCAGAAACCAGCCUUGCUGUGCAAUGUAGCUUUUUGGAUACAGCAGCUUGUCUACUUUACAGCAGCUGCGGAUUAUGUAGUGUUAACAUCUUGUAAGACAGGACAAACAGUGAGGCAGCAAGUUAGUGGAAAAAGUGGACAGGUUGAGAAGAAACUUUUGUUUCCAUCUGCUUCUUUUUUCUCUUGCUUUGUGCUGCUGUUGGAACAAGAAUGGGUCAACUGUGUGGACGAUGCAUGCAGCUGCUGCGGGACUUCGUGGCGUUUGUUCAGAGGAUGUCCUCUGACUUGGUGCGCAGCGUCAAGGAAUGCUUGACUCUGAUAAGCAAAUGCUCGUGCUUGAAACAAAACAGCUCUAAAGCCAGACAGCUUUACAAGCCCAUCCUGCAGCCUCAUGAGAGAGUUACAGCGCAGGAGUUUCUGCAGCAUAUUGAAACAGGUUUUGAAAUGUCACCACUUGGAAAGGACUCUCUGGAAGCCUUGAGGACCUUAGCAUUUUCAGAAAACCCGGGUUUACAGCAGUCUGCUGCCCUCUAUUACUUGCAUAUGAGUCAGCACAUGAACAUCCCCCUGCCUGUGGAGCAUCUGGAAUCCUUCUAUGCCUUACUACGGUCUGCUGACCUGGAGGUGCAGCAGAUGUCUUCCUUGUCCCUUGUCAAUAUCUUGCUGGAAGGAAAUAUCGACAAGGAAUUAGUUGUUCAAAUGGGUUUACUUGAGCCAGUUCUGGAUCUGCUUGAGUCAGAGGAUCCCACCGUCCAGUGUAACUCCUGUGCCUGCACCAUGAUUUUGGCUGUUUCAGAGUCCAACCGAGAGGCUAUUUGUGCUGCUCGAGGAGUUACACCCCUACUGUCUCUUGCCAAUUCCUGUGAUCCUAGAGUCCAACAAAAUGCAGUUGGUGCUAUUCUCAGCCUCACACAAUCAGAGAAAAUACAACAGGUCCUAUGCAAGGAAGGAGCUCUACCAGUUCUUGCCUUGCUGCUGGAAUCUCCUGACUCAGAAGUGCAGUAUUACAGCUGUGCUGCCCUAAGCAACAUGGCAGCCAAUGCUCAGCACCAUGAAGCAAUGCUGAGACCUGGCAACAGAUUCCUGCUGCGGACACUUAUCUCUCUCCUAUCCUCUUCUGUGGGCAAGGUCUCAAGCCAGGCAUGUGUUUGCCUAAGAAAUUUGGCUACCAGUGCAGACAUCCAGGCCGAGAUGGUUGCUGAGGAUGUCCUGCCCAAGCUGUGCUCUCUCCUGGCAUCCGGCAACGAGGACGUGCGUCAUGCUUCCAUCGCCCUGCUCUGGAUACUGUCCCAGCACCCGCGCAACCAGGACACUCUGGCGUGUGCCGAGCUACUACAGAGCCUGGGGAUGUUACUGUCACUGCAUAAAACAGACCCUGUAAUAGUUGCCCAUGCCGCUUGCAUCAUCAAAAACCUGAGCCUUUCCAAAAAUACAGAGAGAAUCAUCGAAAGCCGAUGUGUUGAAAGUCUCCUCCAGACUAUGCUUUCUACCGACACUGAAGAAGACUCUCUUCAUUAUGUGACAUCUUGCCUUGCUGAGCUAUCAAAGCAAGAGGGAGCCACAUUACACAUGGUCCAGUGGAUAGAUGAACCCCUGACAAAGUGCUUGGUGAGACUGGCUGGCCAGCUGAAACAUACUGAGACAUCCUUUCAAGCUGCCUCCAUCAUCCAGCACGUGAUAGGUCAUGAAAAAAUGGUACUUUUGUUGAAGCAUCACAUCGGGGAGAUUCAGGCCUACCUCAAGAAUUUUCUUGUCCACCAAGAGAUCCGCUUUCAGCAGCUGGGCAUCGCCACUUUCUGCAGACUGCAAGCAGAUCCAGAAUUUGCAUUAGCAUUCAGAAAAAGCCAAAUGGCCAAACUCCUUGAGCAAGUCCGUCAGCAAACAGAAGAAACUCAAGAGCUCCUCAGGGCAGCUAAUUGCCAUGAAGACAGUUAAUAUAUAAGCCAGAUGGCAUAUGAAAAUUUACCAGAUCAAAGAGCUUGAACUUUCAGAGAAGACAAGUCUUUCAUUGGUUCCUGUAGUUAAAGUUUUCCUGCUAUUUGCAGUUUCAUCACACAGAAAGAGAUGUUCUGAUAACAAGAAUCAGAGCAGGUCAAAAGACAAUCCCUUAAACGCUUUGGCUGGCUGCUUAUGUGUGCUUGAGGACUACAGCUGCAUUCCUUCCAGUGGCUUGGAAAACACCUGUUACGCUUGGGUAAUCUUCUGUGCUUUGUUUUGGGUUUCCUAAUUGCCCCCUCCAAAAAGCAAGUGCUGUAUUCCUGAGGUUUUACUCCCAAAAUAAGCCAACUCUGCUGAAGAGGCAUCUCCCAAGUACACAGGUUACUCUGCAUUCAUCUCUAUUUUGUUUCUGUUCUGUGUCCCUUAUUUCAGAGCACGCUCCAGGGACUUGACUUUAGAAAAUAACUGAAUUAACAUAUAGUAUAAAAGUUGUAAACGGGUUACUACAGGAAAUAACUGCUGAGGAACAACUGAAAGAAAUUUUAAGAAAUUCGUAAGAAACAAGAAUGGAGCAAGCCUUGAGGCUGACCCUUGAUAUGCUGUAGGCACUACUUUCCAGUAGAAAAUCAAAGGCACAUUGAGGCAGAUAAAUGCUGCAGAGAGCGCAUUCAGAAUAUAGCAGCCACUGCAAAAGAUUUGGGUGGCAGUUGUCUGAAUAUAGAAAUCUGUGUUCUGCAGAUGGCAAAAUAUUUCCAAAGGUACUUACAACAGGUAAAAAGCAAAGAAAUCUUGCAAAAUUAGGAAUUGAUCUUACAUUUUGAUAUUGAUGCUUUAUUUUAAAAGGAGUUAAAGAACAAAAGUAGUAGAAGUAUGCUUAAAUUCAAAUAAUUUUCUUACGUAUAUACAAGACACUGAGCAAUCUCACCUCUCUUCUCCAGAGGGUAAGAAUCUCACAGACCUUUCAGCCAAUCAAAAUAGUAUUUUUCAGGGAAAAAAAAAGUAGCAUAGAGCCUUGAAAUUAUGGAACACUAGUUUUAUAAUGUAGGUUUUAAUGUGUAAGAGAACAGUUAUCUAUUAUCUAUUAAAUCUAUCUAUUAUCUAUUAAAUAUAAGAAUCCUGCUGGAACACUGACA